ACCACCCGCCGCAACCCACCCCAGUAAGGACACUCUUGCUUACCUGGUACGCUCUUGUCUUCUUGCACUCGCAUCGCAUCGCACGCACGCAGCAAUGCCGGCCAUGGAGCGCGUGGGGGAGGCGCCGCACUUCCUCGUGGUCACGUACCCGGCGCAGGGCCACAUCAACCCGGCGCGCCACCUCGCGCUGCGCCUGCUCCGCGCCACGCCGGGCGCCCGCGUCACCGUCUCCACCGCCGUCUCCGCCUGCCGCAAGAUGUUCCCGGACGACGCGGACGCCGCGGCGGUGGACCACGUCGACGCCGCCGGCGUCCGCUACGUGCCCUACUCCGACGGCUACGACGGCGGCUUCGACAAGUCCGCGCACGACAGCACGGACUACAUGUCCAACCUCAAGGUCGUGGGGGCCCGCACGCUGGACGGCGUGCUCGCGCGCCUCCGCGACGCCGGCACCCCCGUCACGCAGGUGGUGUACACUGUGCUCCUCUCCUGGGUCGCCGACGUCGCGCGCGCGCGCGGCGUCCCCGCCGCGCUCUACUGGAUCCAGCCGGCCACCGUGCUCGCCGCCUACUUCCACUUCUUCCGCGGCACCGACGGCCUCGACCAGGCCGUCGUCACCGCGGCGAGCGACCCGUGGGCGGACGUCCGCGUCCGGGGGCUCCCGCCGAUGCGCGUGCGCGACCUGCCGUCCUUCCUCACCAUCGCGUCCGACGACCACCCCUACGCCUUCGUGCUCGCCGCGUUCCGAGAGCUCCUCGACGUGCUGGACCGCGAGGACUCGCCCACCGUGCUCGCGAACACGUUCGAUGCCAUGGAGCCCGACGCGGUCGCGACGCUGCACCAGCACGGCAUCAACGUCGUCCCCAUCGGCCCCGUCCUCUCCUUCCUAGACACCUCGGCGGCGGCGGCGGCCAACAACAGCAACGACCUGUUCAAGCAGGACGGCAAGGGGUACCUGGAGUGGCUGGACGCGCAGGAAGCGGGGUCGGUCGUCUACAUCUCCUUCGGGAGCCUGUCGACGAUGAGCCAGCGGCAGAUCGCGGAGGUGUCGCGCGGCAUGGCAGAGAGCGGCCGGCCGUUCCUGUGGGUUCUGAGGAAAGACAACCGCGGCGAGGUCGACGGCGACGACUUGUGCACCGGCGGGGGCAUGGUGGUGGAGUGGUGUGACCAGGGGAAGGUGCUGUCGCACCCGGCGGUGGGGUGCUUCGUGACGCACUGCGGUUGGAACUCGACGCUCGAGAGCGUGGCGUGCGGCGUGCCGGUGGUGGGAGUGCCGCAGUGGACGGACCAGGGCACCAACGCGUGGCUGGUGGAGCGGCAGCUCGGCACCGGGGUCAGGGCCACCGUGAGCGAGAAGGACGGCGUGCUGGAGGCCGAUGAGCUGCAGAGGUGCAUAGGCUUCGCCACCUCGGAUGUGGUGCGCGCCAAGGCAGAGCUGUGGAGGGAGAAGGCGCGGGCGGCGGCGGCCGUAGGCGGCUCAUCCGAGAGGAACCUCAGGGCGUUCGUCACCGGGCAGGUCGCCCUCGCCGGCAACUAGCCAGCCGGCAUGCCGGCUUGCAUGCGCUGCAUGAUCCUGCGAACCAAAUCGACAGCAUAUAGGAGUAGCAGUUUAGCGCUUGGCAGGACGACGUACACGAGACGAGACGAGAGGACUCGAUCCGUACCUCUUCGCUGUCGUAAAUAAUUCGAUUCGACAUUGUAGCUGCUACCUGGGAAAGAUCGAAUGCCGUUCGCAUCUUGCCGAGGCAUUCGUUUCGCCGUACUGUAAAAUUCUGUUAAUCAAGAUGUUGUUCCAAUCA